CCCACCCUCUCCUCUUUCUAUUUUCCGACAAAAUUCGUUCGAAACUCAUAUUCUAUAUGUGUUUUCUCCCACCUUGCUCCGAUAUGAAAUCUAUUUUCUCCGGAAGUUCGUAAGCUUCGCAAGUUUCUUCUCUAUCUUUGCCAAUGGCGGCUGUUAAUUCCGUGUCAUUCUCCGCAUUAAGUCAAUGUUCUGAAAGAAGAUUGCUGGUUCCUUCGGCUCGUUCACUAGCCUCGAAUUUCGACGGGUUUCGUUUUCGUACAAGCGUUUUCUGCCAUUAUUCGGGAGUUCGGACAUCGAGUUACAGUUCUCGAAUGGUCGUCCAUUGCAUGUCUGCCGGAACAGAUGUGACCACCGUGGCCGAGACAAAGGCGAACUUCCUCAAGGUGUAUAAGCGGCCUAUUCCUAGCAUUUACAAUACUGUUCUGCAAGAGUUGAUUGUGCAGCAGCAUUUGAUGAGGUAUAAGAGGACAUACCGUUAUGAUCCUGUUUUCGCCCUUGGUUUUGUUACAGUAUAUGAUCAGCUUAUGGAAGGGUACCCUAGCGAUGAGGAUCGAGAGGCCAUUUUCCAAGCAUAUAUUAAGGCAUUGAAUGAGGAUCCAGAGCAAUAUAGAAUUGAUGCUAAAAAAUUGGAGGAGUGGGCUCGGUCUCAGACAGCAGCUUCAUUGGUUGAGUUUGCAUCAAAAGAAGGAGAAGUUGAGAGUAUUUUAAAGGACAUUGCAGAACGGGCAGGGGGUAAGGGGAGUUUCAGUUACAGCCGUUUUUUUGCUAUUGGGCUGUUUCGACUCCUUGAAUUGGCCAAUGCUACCGAACCCAGUAUCUUGGAAAAGCUCUGUGCUGCUUUAAAUGUCAACAAAAAAAGUGUGGACCGAGACCUAGAUGUCUACCGCAACCUGCUUUCAAAGUUGGUUCAGGCAAAAGAGCUCCUAAAGGAAUACGUGGAUAGAGAGAAGAAGAAAAGAGAUGAGAGGGCUGGAUCUCAGACAGCUAAUGAGGCCAUAACAAAAUGCUUGGGAGAGUACAGCAUGCAGACUGGUUUUUGAGAGGUAAUGACAUCAAUUGAAGUACUGCCUAAUUUGAGAUAGACUUGAGUUUUAGCAAUAUUCUAAAUACCUGAUAGAUGUGCUUCUGUAAUGUAUUAUUGGGUUUUACGCAUUUGGUAAAUUUUGCAUUCAUAUCCUCAUUUGAUAUAACCACCUUAAGCUAUUUUUUCAUCAUUUGUAUUUUGUAUUACAUAGUUUGAGUGCAAUUGUCAAUACAAAUGCUUUCGUACUCUGUGCAGUAA